ACACCCCUGGAAUCAUAGAGCUGCUAAAUAGAUGGAAAAGGAGGGAUAGAAAUCUGAAACCUGCCUAAUUCUUCAGAAACAGGGGCAAGGAUUCCAAAUAGUGACAACAAAGAAGAGGGAAGACUCUCAACAUGUUAGGGAUGAAGUUUGCCAAGGGCAGACUCUAUAUUCCAUGGAAGGGAUUUAAUAUUCUGAGUGAAAGGGACAUGAAAGCCUGAAUUCUUGUCUCGUGAGGUCAGGUCAGAGUUAAUUCCUUUGAUACCUGAGUUUUGGUCCCUCCCCUUCUGAAACUGGUUGGACAGCUUUCCUGGGUCUCUUACCUGGGCCACUCCUUCUUUCUUUCUUUCUUUCCUGGACUUCAGCAGGCCUUUCCUUUCCUGGUAUCCUAUCCCUUCUUGCUCUUUCCUAGAUAGAUUUUGCCCCCAGUUGAACUUGCCCUCUAAUAACGUCUUCUCUUUGUCCACUCUUUGCCCUGAGACUCUCCAAACAAGAAGCAAAGUUGAAGGGUCUCCUCCAGGACCCUUGGAGACCAUGCGUUCCUCAGGAUUGGGUCGCUGUCGACUGGCACUGGCCUUUGCGGUGCUGAUGGACGCUGCAGGCACUGGGGCGCUGCUGACGGGCAUCUUUGCCAGACUUCGGCUCCGAGGCCGGGACUUUGGGGAUCUUCUGAUCUACUCCGGAGCCGUUCUGGUGUUCCUGAGCCUGCUGGGCUGGAUCAUGUGGUAUACAGGCAAUAUUGAGAUCGCCCCUGAAGAACUGGCAAGGGAUUAUGGUGCCAAGGGAGGCACUCUGGCCCGACUCGCCAGGAAAAUCUCCCGGACCUGGUCCCGACGCCAAGGUGGUGGACUGGCCAUGCGUACGGUGCCAAGCAGUCGGGAAGCAGCCUAGAGGAUGGAUGGUUGAAUGGACUUAUCAGGAUAAAUGAUGCUUAUCUAUGGGAACUGGACCUGAGCUGAGAUCCACCACAUUAGAAGAGGAUGCUGAGACUCAUUUCUUCACCUGUAUGUUCAGAACAAAGUUGCCUUUCUUCCUCUGUACCUUUUGUAAAAACAUUGCUUAAAAUGCUUUUCAAUAAUAUUUCCCAAAAAAACAAA